AUGAAUAUAAUCUCUACUACAUUGCCCAUGUUCCUAAUAAUUUCAACAAUUCUUGCCAUCUUAGCAUUUUGGUUACCCUCGUUAAACUCUAAUUAUGAUAAAUUAUCCCCUUAUGAGUGCGGUUUUGACCCUUUAGGCUCAGCUCGACUUCCUUUCUCAAUACGAUUCUUUCUAAUCGCUAUCCUAUUCAUCCUCUUUGAUUUAGAAAUUGCCUUGUUACUCCCUCUCCCUUGGGGAAACCAACUUCCUGAUCCCCUGACCUCGUUCUCAUGAAUAUCAGCAGUAUUAACACUUCUAACCCUUGGAUUAAUUUAUGAGUGAACCCAAGGAGGCCUAGAAUGAGCAGAGU